CAUUCAUUCUCUACGCCACUGGAAGCGUUCCUCCCAGCAAAGGUAGAGUAGGUGGUGAGAAGCUGGGGGUGAAAAGAUACCUGGGAGGACAGAUUAAUUCAUUUCCUGAGUUUCCUGUGUGGGACAAUAUCAGAGUCCAGCAAGUCUUUGUGACACCUCAAAGAUGAGCACCAACAGCAGCAUGGUGGGACAGCUCCUCUGGCGAGGGCCAGUGUGCAUUAGCUGGAAACAGGAUCCGGAAGGGGCUAUCUACCACCUAGCCAACUGCUUCUUGCUCCUGGGAUUCAUGGGAGGCAGUGGGGUAUAUGGGUGCUUCUACCUUUUUGGCUUCCUGGGUACUGGUUACCUGUGUUGUGUGCUGUGGGGCUGGCUUGAUGCCUGUGGGCUAGACAUUGUCCUUUGGAACGUCCUACUGGCAGUGGCCUGCCUGCUCCAGCUGGCACACCUGGUGUACCGCCUGCGCAUGAACACCCUGCCUGAGGAGUUUGACCUCCUCUACAAGACGCUGUGCCUGCCCCUGCAGGUGCCCCUGCAGACCUACAAGGAGAUUGUUCACUGCUGCCAAGAGCAGGUCUUGACUCUGGCCACAGACCAGACCUAUGCUGUAGAGGGUGAGACACCCAUCAACCGCCUGUCCCUGUUGCUCUCUGGCCGGGUUCGUGUGAGCCAGGAUGGGCAGUUUCUUCACUACGUCUUUCCAUACCAGUUCAUGGACUCUCCAGAGUGGGAAUCCCUGCGACCCUCUGAGGAGGGAGUCUUCCAGGUCACUUUGACUGCUGAGACUGAAUGUAGCUACAUUUCCUGGCCCCGGAAAAGCCUCCAUCUUCUUCUAACCAAGGAGCAGUACAUCUCUCACCUCUUCUCGGCCCUGCUGGGCUAUGACAUUUCAGAGAAGCUCUACACUCUCAAUGAUAAGCUCUUUGCUAAAUUUGGGCUGCGCUUUGAUAUCCGCCUCCCCAGCCUCUACCAUGUCCUAGGUCCCUCUACCCCAGAUGGAGGGCCAGAGUCCGAGAAGGAUGAUGAGGAAGUCUGCGAGCCAUCCUUGUCCCCUGUUCAGGCCACGCCCACCUCUGUCCAGCAUGUGUCUCCUUGUUCUCCCCCUCCAGCUGCUACCAACCUACCUGCACCUCUUUCCCGGGCCAGGAUGUCCAGGCCUGACAGCGGCAUCCUGGCCUCUAGAUCUCCUCUCCAAAUCUCCUCUCAAGUUAAGUCCAGGAGUCAGGCCCCUCUGGCUCCCAUCCACACUCCUGAACUUUAAGGAUCACCAGGCUGCCCUUUUCUCUGUGGCCAGCACAGCUCUAUUCCACGAUCACAGGAUGGUCACUUGCAUGCAUGCCCCUCCUCUCACCCACUGGAAAGCUCUGGGGCAAAGCAGGAGUGGACACAAAGUGCCACCCCUGCAGCUACACAGAGGGCCUGGGGGACACUGAGACACUCUAAGGAAGCCAUCCACAGGAAUGAGGGCCAUAUUCCAUCCUUUGCUAGCUGCAGUCUUGGCAAGUAACAGCCUCUCUGAGCCUCAUCUCUAAAGUGGGAUUAUAAAACCUACCUCACAGGGUUGUUGUGAGGAUCAGAUGAGUUGAUUUAGCUGAAGCACCUAUGUUGUGGCAUGGCACAUGGUAAGCACUCAAUAAAUCACUCAGCUCUUU